AUGAAUAUGUUGGAUGAUGAAGAUGACCAAAGCUUUCACGCUACGCGUGACGGCUACUCCCAUUUGAGCGAUGUCGAAUGGGAUGCGGUUGAACGAAUGGGUUCGACCAUGGGCAUCCAUGCUGUUAGCGUCAUGCUAGAGGCUCUCAAUAGAGAUGCCCAACAUGCUACUAUCGCCAAGUUCGUUCAAAAUGAACUUGACGCUGAACGCGAGAAAGUAGCCUUGCUUCACCAACAAGGUUCUCAACAAGCAGAGUUGUUGAGAGAACAGGGUGCUCAACAGUUUGAACUGUUGAGACAGCAGCAGGCUGCUGCUGGUGGGUCGAUGCACUCGCGUCGACCCUAG